AUGUAAGUAUCUCGAAAGAUUUUAAAUUUGAGGUUAGGCGAGUUGUGUUCCCGUUUUUCUACUCGUUUGCAUAACAUGAUACACGAGGCGAUUAACGCGAUUUGUUUGCCUUGGUCCGAUAGCCAACGCACCACAUGAGAUAUCUUCACCGUGGUACUGUGACCCUUGCUUUGGGUCGGAGAUCCAUCUGGGGAAGAUCAAGAAGAAGAUAUCUUCACUGCAUAUGUGACAUCCUGAGACGUCAAAUUUUUUCAUUAUUAUGAAAUUUGUCGUCUAGGUUAUGUUAAUCAUGUAGAAUUAUUUGCUACUUAGCUUAUGUAUAUGUAAACUUUAUAUAUAUUUUAUUUGUCUUAUUAUAAGUAUUUUUUAUACUUUUCGUGUCUUUUUGCUUUGUCGUUUACAGUACGAGCAUUGUAAAAAAAUAGUGAAACAAAGAAUGGCCAGAAGAAAGACAAAUGAAGCUGAUCCUUGUGUGAAAAGUGUUUAUUGUAUGUACGUCUCGUUCUUCAGACUGCCAGUUCUUUUUCUUUUCUCGAUUGAAAUUCUGUAUGAAGACAAAGUUAAAUCUUGUCGAAUAAAUACUCCUCAGUUGUGAAAUGCCAUAUGGGUCUUUGGAAACAUGAAUAAUGAUCCGGGCAUUGUCUGUUUUCGUCAUUGUUCAACGAAGAGUGUAUUUAGCAGGCGCGUCCCGGCAACUUGUCCGGCAUGUUCGUCACAAAUGAAAAAUUUUAUUGUGGAUCCAUUUCAUAUUCCAUAUCCUUUUAGAAAAGCUACUCACUGUCCAACCACUAUUGUUAUUCAGCCUUCGCAAGGCAGUUUUCUCGACAAUUAUGACAUGAAACAUGGCCUUCUGCACGCUGGGAUAGUUGAUUCUAAUGGCGGCAUUGUGGAGUUUGACAAAAAGGGACCAAUAGUGAACGACUUUGCCAGAUGGAUCAAGGUAGAUUGUAUCGCUUUGGAGAUUGUGCCAGCAGCUUGGACUGCACGUUGGGAUGAGACAUUGUCACUCAUAUUGAAUGAUUUUAAAUGGAAACACAUUAAUUAUGACGCAAUUAGUAUGAACUGUUUUGACUUUGUUCUGGAAUUUCUCAAUAAUCUGAGAUACCCGGAAUUAAGAUUCAUGAGCAAGGAAGACCUGUGCGAGAGACUGAUAGUGCCAAAAAUGAACAAUGCAGUGCGAUAUAUCUCAUUAUACAGAUCCUUAAAAGAUCGGGAAUAUCUGUUGGAUUAUCAGGCUUGAUAUUUUUUUACUUUUGUAAUUUACAUGAUAUUAUUAAUAAUAAAUAUAAUUUGUAAAAAAUACACAAAAAAUGUUUAUAUUUAUAUAUCCGUCUCUCUAUUAAUUACAACACAAAUCCUUCCUUUCCCGAAA